AUGGUUCUUGAAUCUUCUUCAAUGGCAACAAAGCUUGGAAAAGAAGAGGAUGCUGAGGUCGAGCUUGAGCUAUGUCUUUCUCUGGGAGGUCCUUUCAAGAAGUCUCAGCCGUUAGAGUUCUGCAUGGAUAGAAAACCUAACGCCGUCAGAUGUGUGGAUGAUAUUGACGUUGAUCUUAACGGUGGAAAGACCAAUCAUGAGAUCAAUGCGACGAGGAGGAAGGAACGGGAAGAGAAGGAGCAGCAGAGAAGUGGAGGAGAAGGAGAGUGCAAGAGGAUCAGAACAGAAUGCAAAGAAGUCACUAACGGUGUGGAGUUUGGUUUGAGCUUUAGUGGAUUGUGUAACGGAUUCGGGUCGGGUCAAUAUAAGGAAAAUAGUAAAGCCACUACAAACGGGUCACCCAUUUGCAGCUCGUCCGACGUGUCCGAUCCAAGCAGCUCCUCUCACCAAGAAGGUGGAAGUUGUGAACUUGGGAUAAAUUCUGGCCAAACCAAACCGGUUAAGUCUCCGGUUAACAACAUUACAACCGGGAGCACGAACAGUCCAAAGGGUGCGGUGGAAGUGGAGACUCAACAAGGAUCCAAACCUGUAACCAAGGAGACUAGGAAGAAGCCUCCAAAGCCGCGUCCCAGCGGUAAUGGCAAUAUGCUUCCGUUUGCUCAGAUGCCGUGCGUAACUAGCACCGGUAACGGACCCGAGGGCAAGACUGUAAAUGGGUUUCUGCAUCGGUACACGAAAUCAGAGAUCAGUAUAAUAUGCGUCUGCCACGGAACAUCAUUCUCACCGGCUGAGUUCAUCGUUCACGCUGGUGGGACGCAUGUCUCGCAUCCGUUAAGACAUAUAACUGUUGUUCCUUCCAAGUUUUGA